AGCAUCGCAGUCAUUCUAUCGAACGAACUACUCCAUUCAAGUGCCGUAAGUCGUCUCCUCAAGAUCUGUCGUGUUUCUAUAUUAAAAAUAUGUCCAAGUACAGGAUUGUGAUGGUUCGCCAUGGCGAGAGCGAGUGGAAUCAAUUGAAUCUGUUUUGUGGCUGGUUUGAUGCGGAUCUAUCUGAGAAAGGAAAGCAGGAAGCCGUUGCUGCAGGAAAGGCUCUUAAAGCUGCAGGAUACACUUUUGACAUCGGUCACACGUCUAUGCUGAAACGUGCUCAAAAUACAUUGCAAGCUAUUCUUAAGGAAAUUGGUCAGGAGGACCUUCCUGUGAAAAAGACGUGGCGCCUCAAUGAGAGACACUAUGGUGGUCUUACUGGAAUGAAUAAGGCGGAAACUGCUGCCAAGUACGGAGAAGAGCAGGUACAGAUCUGGAGAAGAUCCUUCGAUGUACCACCACCGCCUAUGGAGCCAGAUCACAAGUUUUACGAAGCUAUAGUCAAAGAUCCAAGAUAUGCUGAGGAGCCAAAACCUGAAGAGUUUCCAAAAUUCGAGUCCCUCAAGUUGACGAUUGAGAGAACCCUACCUUAUUGGAACGAUACCAUCAUUCCACAGCUUAAGGAGGGAAAGAAGAUUAUUAUUGCUGCUCAUGGAAAUAGCUUGAGAGGAAUAGUUAAGCAUCUUGACUCAUUGAGUAACGAGCAAAUUAUGGGAUUAAAUCUUCCAACUGGUAUUCCAUUUGUAUACGAACUGGAUGAAAAUUUAAAACCAGUAGUAUCCAUGAAAUUCUUGGGCGAUGAGGAAACAGUCAAGGCAGCAAUCGCUGCAGUUGCAGCUCAGGGUAAAGCUAAGUGAAAUAAUAAAGACAUUUGUGUGGCAUUUUUAGAGUGCCCCUUGUAUGGAUACAUAAAGUUAUUUAUAAAUCAUCGAUUCACAUUAUUGCGUAUCAGUGUUCAUCAGUGUUCUUCCGAUUCUGUAUUGUAAAUACACUAAACUUGAGAAGAUCAAAAAAGAUGACAGAGCACAACACCGUUAUUCAUAAAAGCUGUUAGCUUGUGAAAUAUUGAUCACACGAUGUAAUAAUGACAUAACAAAUGAAUAAAAGUGAAAAUGUAAUUAA